ACACGGCCCGCUAAUCCCAUUCAUUGAGGUGAAGCCGACGAACUAUCAAAUUUACGGCCAAUAGAUGGGAGUGGGCGAGCCUGGCCGAGACCAUUAAGAGGGAGCAUGACCUGACAACACCUGACACCUGGCCGUAAAAAUGGAAGCUUCGGUGGAUUAACUUUUUGGGCUGAUUUCGACUCCACCAAUUGUACCUCCAUGGUUGUGGCCCCGUCAGUGCGCCGCGUCACGCCCACCUCACGUGCCUCGCCCCGCCGCGCCCUUGGGUUCGAUACCUGCCCGAGACCCGCCCACCGCCCGCCACGGCCUGCUGAGGGAGGAUGCUCAAGCCACGCACCCUGACGCAGAUCCUGAGCCAGGCCAACACCGGGGGCGUCCAGAGUGCCCUCUUGCUUAACCAGGAGGGCGCCUUGCUGGCCUUCAGUGGGUAUGGAGACCGGGACGCCAGAGUGACGGCUGCCAUUGCCAGCAACAUCUGGGCGGUAUAUGACAAGAAUGGCAGAAAUGCCUUCUCAGAAGACAGACUGAACAUGAUACUCAUCGAGUGUGAGGAAGGCAAGGUUUGCGUAACACAGGUGGCCAAUCUGCUGCUGUGCAUCUAUGCCAAAGAGAAUGUGGGACUUGGUUUGCUUAGGACCAAGACGGAGGCCUUGGCCCGCUACCUUGAUGGACCUCUGCGGCAGGUGGCUGCAACGUGACCUCCUCGCCUUUGCUUUUCAGCCUUUACUGCUGUUAAGUUUGUCUAGUCUAAGGCAAUGGACUUUUUCAAGUGUGUCAUUUUGGUGGUUAGCAUUUCCUCACUGUUUAGUUUGAUAUGAAAAUGAGUAGUUGGAGCAACGAAGUUAAAUUGCAGUCUCGUAAAUCAUAAUCUACGUCAGAAAUAAGAGAAUACUUAUAGAUAUAACAAAUACAGGGAUAUAAAUAGAAAAUGAAUUGUUUUGUGAAAAUCUUCUGGUUGCCAACCCCUGAUCUCUGUCAUAAUUAUUGAUCAAUAUAUUAUAUUUUAUUAAUUUACUUGAACUGGUCAUUUGAUUAUUGCCCCCAGUGACACUUAUGUAUGAACUAAAGGUGAGAUUGAAAUUGUCUGUGAUAUUUUAGGAUUGGUUCUAUAAACAUUAGCUGCUUUUCAUCAGGCACUGUGUUGAGGUGGCUCUGGUGAGCUAGGGCUGUAUGUCACCUUGGCUGCUCAACGUGUAUGGAUGACAAAGGUUGGUUGUGUUUGAGAGGGAAUGCAUUUGGGUGACGCUUCAUGGAAACAAUUGAAUUUAGUUUAUAGACAUUUCAGUGAUUGCAGAAGCAAAAUAAUUUGAUAAAUUUUGGGAGGUGGUGGCUGGUGAGCUGGCGCUGCAUCCAGGAGGAUGCGAGUUUGUGUCCUGCCCACCGCCACAAGCUGAGGGUUUUCAGUCACUGCUGCGUGGCUUAAGACUACCCACAUGCUGUCCUGGGGCCGGUUUCAUCAAAGGUCCCAAGUCCUUGGAAGUGUGCUCAAAGAGUCCCAAGCCUGAGACCACUUCCAAGGACUUGGGACCUUUGAUGAAACUGGCCCCUGAAGACCACCUAUCAACCCAGACACUAGAACAGUGGUUCCCAAACUUUUUCUGGUCGUUACCCACUUUUCAUACAUUAUUCUGGUCCAUGGCCCCCCCACAACCGUAACCCAUGACUAUAUAUAUA